AUGGUUAACAAGCUGUCCGAUUCGGACAGUCCCCCAGUAGUUACGCCGGAUCAGGAACAGGAGUUGUAUCUCUCGCCUUCAGAGACGGAACCGCAGCCAGGGUUGCAGACGCCUGUACGAUGGUACGAUGCUGACCGCCGUGAACCGUACACUCGCAUAACACCGUUUCAAGAGAAACACGACACGAGCGUCGAGUUUUUCUACAAGCCUAUCACUUUGACCGUUCUAGGCUUUGGCCUCGCCGCGCUCGCAUAUGUCGCCAUGACCGAAGAUGUCUUGGCUGAAGGCCGCGAUAAGCGUCGUGUUGGAGCAUAUGCCGCAGGUGCUUCCUUUCUACUUUUCUCCAUGGUCCAGUUCCGCGACGGUCCCUUCAUCCGACCGCACCCCGCAUUCUGGCGCAUGGUUCUCGGCAUCAACGUCCUAUACGAGCUUGCGCUAGUGUUUCUUUUAUUUCAAGACCUCGAUUCGGCGCGACACAUGAUGACAUACAUAGAUCCAUCCCUUGGGAAACCUCUGCCCGAAAAAUCAUACGGAGAGGACUGCGCGUUUACCUGGACCAACAUUUGGAAUGCCAUCGACAUAUUCUGUCUGGCGCAUUCUCUGGGAUGGUUCGGGAAAGCGAUGAUUCUACGGGAUUACUGGUUUUGCUGGAUCCUAAGUAUAGCCUUCGAGUUUGCCGAGUACAGUUUGCAGCAUCAGCUCCCAAAUUUCAAUGAGUGUUGGUGGGACCACUGGAUCCUGGACGUCCUGAUAUGCAACUGGUUCGGUACAUGGUUGGGCAUGAAAACAUGUCAGUUUUUCGAGGUCAAGCACUAUGAAUGGCGGGGCCUUCGAGAGACACGCGGUUUCCGCGCGAAGUCUAGGCGCAUCAUCAAACAGUUCUCCCCUCAUGAUUGGACUGCCUUCAAAUGGGAAGGGACCCACGAUUUCCUGCACUAUGCGACGGUCGUCAUGUUGUUGGGCGUUUUUCUGGCAGCGGAACUCAAUCCGUUCUAUCUCAAGACGCUGCUUUGGAUGGAGCCGGACCACCCGAUGGUCAUCGGCCGCCUUGCCGGUAUAUUUCUUGCCGCUUUGCCGGCCACCCGAGAAUUAUACCAGUAUAUCAAUAACCCUCGGAAAGCGGUGAGAAUGGGGCAGCACGUGUGGAUGCUGCUCGCGAUGGUCAUCACCGAGCUGCUUGUUAUUAUCAAGUGGAGUCAGGGUCAGUUCCCUGAGCCGUUCCCGACCGAGGUAAAAUGGGCGUGGGCGGUCGGCGUUUUCCUUCUUAGCUUAUAUCCGACCCUACGCUUCGGCGUUCCGAGUGCACGCCGGUACCUGCGUAGACACGGAAAGCAAGUCAAGACCGCAGCGGAGAAAUCGAAGUAGGACCGCAGUUUCCCGUCGACAGCAUCGAGCCCCGGCCGUAAUUACGCACGUCACGUCUCAGUAGAUACAGUUGCACGAUCUCGCGUAGGAUCUCCCCGCCGCAUCUCCCUGCUGUGCCUCAGAGGGCAGGGCUGAGGAACGCUCCGUUGCAAAGGUACGUUAGCGUGUGCUGC